AUGGGGAAUAAAAACUCAGCAACUUCAAAGGCACGUAGUGGCCAGCGAGCAAAGGUUGCUUCAAUAGAACCACAACCGCACCAUGUCUUUUCAAGGCAAAGGAAAUACACAAGAAUGCCAGAGGUGGUGAGUGUUAGGGCGUACCCAACAGAAAAUGAAGGUAAGACACCACUAUGUGAUGAUCACACUUUCUCCAAUUACAUUCAACGUACUAAGUAUAAAAUCAGCAGCAACUCAAACAUUGGUUGCCACGAUGAGCAGAGGUGCCCUGCAUAUGAAGAUGAUAUGGCUAAUGUGACCAACAACAACAUGGAAAACGAAAGAGACCCUUUCUCAGAUUAUAUUCAGAAUGCUAGGAAGAAAGAGCACAAGGGAGCAACACUACUUACAGAUUCCAUAAUACAGAAGUCUCUCCGCUACACAGACUCAGAUUAG